GUGCUGCCUCAGUGCUGCCCCCCUGUGGUGACUCAUUUUGUUCAUGGUGCUGUGUCCCCAGGCCCCAAAAGGAGAGAAGCAUACCAGUGGUACUGACAGCGACUAUGACAACACCCAGACCUAUGACCUGUCAGUCAGUGCGGGCCGCAGCAGCGAGGAUGAGGUCCGGGCCGAGCUGGAGGACGGGGCUUUCGGAGAGGCGGGUGAGCCGGACCCCACGCUGCCCUGCACCGAGGAUGUCAUCCUGAAGACGGAGCAGGUGACCAAGAACAUCCAGGAGCUGCUGCGGGCCGCACAGGAGUUCAAGCAUGACAGCUUCGUGCCGUGCUCAGAGAAGAUCCACUGCGCUGUGACUGAAAUGGCCUCCCUUUUCCCCAAGCGGCCGGCGCUGGAUGCGGUGCGCUGCUCCCUGCGCCUCCUGGCCGCCAGUGCGGCCCGCCUGCAGGGGGAGUGCCGGAAGGCGGCACCAGCCGAAUCGUCAGCGGCCCCCACCGGCCCGCCUGUCGACUACCAGCUCCUCACCCAGCAAGUCAUCCAGUGCGCCUAUGAUAUCGCCAAGGCUGCCAAACAACUGGUUACCAUCACCACCCGCGAGAAGAAGCAGUGAGUGGAGGAUGGGAGA